AUGAACUCGUCGGUUUCGUUGAUCUUGGUGAUGAUCUUGGUGGCAGCUCUUGACUCACCUACUACCAUUGCAAGUCAUGUUUUGGCAUUCAUGGUCAGGGGUGUAGCAAGUGACCUGAAAUAUAUCCUUGGAUAUUUCAGCACUGAGAAUGUUACAGUUUACCAAUUAAUGCCAUUGUUUUGGAAAGCUGUUUCCAUUCUUGAGUUAGGGUGCAAUUUAUGGGUACGUGCUGCUGUCAGUGAUGGUGCUUCGCCGAAUACGAAGUUCUAUGAGCUACAUGCUGGGCUUGUUGGGGAAGAGUACAAGGUUGAUUUUGUAUAUCGAACAGUCGAUCUCUUUGCUCCAACACGAUUCAUUUACUUCUUCUCUGAUGCUCCCCACUUACUCAAGACAGUAAGGUACUGCCUUUUCAAUUCGGGUACAGGGAAACAUACAAUACUAAUGUGGAAUGGUAACAAUAUGAUAUGGCAUCAUAUAGCUGCGCUUUACUAUGCUUAUCCAGAACAGGACCUGCAUCAGCUAAGCUAACAAUUGACCACAUAAAUCUUACCUCAUUUUCAAAAAUGACGGUUCGUCUGGCUGCGCAAGUGAUGAGCAACACGGUUGUUAGGGACCGGUCAUUAUUUAUGGUGGGGGGUGGCACCGAAGAGAAAAGGGUUGGGUAAACUAAAUUUUGAGUAAGUAAAAGGUUGGGUAAAUGAAAAACAAAACAACUCCAGGGUUGGGUAAUAAAAAAUUAUUGUCAUUUCCAAAGCGUGACUCAAGCCCCGUUUACACUACGCUCAAUUUUUGGUACGGCACGGAUAAAAUUGGUACCCGUACCACUUUUUUGGUUCUUGGACUGCCUAUUUAGCUAAGCCCCGUUUACACUACGCUCAAUUUUUCGUACCGUACCACUUUUUGGUUCUUGGACUACCUAAAUAGGUAGUCCAAGAACCAAAAAAGUGGUACGGGUACCAAUUUUAUCCGUGCCGUACCAAAAAUUGAGCGUAGUGUAAACGGGGCUUCACUGAAGUAUUGGAGACUAAAAAGCAAUGACAACAGUAGGCCCUACUCUGGGGCGAUAACGAGAUAAUGCGAGUUUAAGCAAUUUUAGGUGAUUUAAGCAAAAUCUGCAAUAUAAGCAAUGCGAGUUUGAGCGAUAUAGGGUAAUGUAAAAAAACAAUUAAAAUUUUAGGGAAUGCUGUUUUAGGUGUUUAGAGGCAAUUACAGGAAUAUAUAACUAUAUCCCUGAUGACUCCAAUGGAAUUACCAUUCACCUAUGCCAAGCAUCCAAACAUGAGUGUUCCCACAAACACACACACAUGCAGUGUAUGAAGCAAGAUAUGCAAUUUAACAAAAAAAGUUGAAGUCUGCUUGAGGGAACACCGCGGAAAAACGUCUGCGCAUGCGUCAACCUUACCUGUAAUAGUAUUGCGAACUUGAUGAGAACUGUUCCGAACGUUUCCGAAGGCUCAAAAUGGCGGUAAAAAGGAGUGACCUCAUUGUGCGUCUUUACAGCCAGAUUUCGAGCGCAAGAAUAAACAUGUCAUUCUAAAAACUAGGAAUAAAUACAGCCAGAAGGUUCAAGAAAUUGUAUUGCACAAGAACAUGAACUAAAGGUGAUUGUUGACAAAUUUAUCGUCUGAAACAUUUUGUUUAUCAACUAAGCAACGACAAUUUCCGAAUUUUCGUUUGAGAUACAUUUCUUUAAAAAAAAACUGUCGUCAAAUAUAAAACAUUUUCGUGUUCACAAUAAUUAAACUGUGGCUACCGUGUCUUCCGGGGACAUUCAUUUCCGGGAAAAUUUAUUUCCGGUCAUGUGAUAACAGAACACGAGAUUUUAUUGUUGUUUUAGAGGGGUUUUGGGCGAUUAAUAUGGACGCCAUAAGUUGAUAUUAAAACAUUUAUUAGUGCAUGAAGAACCAAACGGUUCUUAACGUAAACAGUAAGUAAACAAGAUGUAAGUAAAGUAAAGUAACAUAAAUAUUCGAGUUUAAGCGUUGGAUGUGUGUUUGAAAAACAUGAUAUGCGAAAGACAGUGGCGUCCACUUUGACGAAGAGUCAAAGACAGUAACAGUUAAGAACCUUUUGGAAUCUGCGUGUAAUUGUGUUAACGACGAUUGGUCUUCAGGAAGGAGAUAAUUACUGUUUGGAUAUUGUGUCAUCCCGGAUUUGGAAGAAGGUACCUUAUUGUUUACAGACGAAUUGGUCUGAAAUUUGGUUGUAUUUAAUCGAGAAAUACGGGAACCACGGUUUGGAAUUGUGGGCUUAUUGGCUAUUGUAUGUAUUAAAACAUUACAUUGUGGAUAUAUCACAUAUUUAUAAUAUGUACCUGGUUUAAGAAAGUUGAUCUUUGACUUUGUAUUGAAAUACGUUAUUAAUUUGGAAUAUUGAUUAAUAUAACGAAGUAAUUCGUGUUUACUUAUUUGGUCUUCAAGGGAAGAUAUUUGCCAAGUUUGGAUAAUUGUGUUGCGUGUAGAAAUAUUUGUCUUGGGAUAGACAAUCAGUGAUUCAGAAUGUUUUCUUAGUGUAUUCUGAAAGAAAAAAAAAGGUUUAUUUGAAAAUAGUACUGUAUCAUACGAGGAUUACAGUUGCAUAUUGCAUAUUGGAAUUGUUUGAGCCAAAUAUAUAUAUGACAUAUAUUGUAGACACUAAACUUGACAUUUAAAAGGGUUUGGCAUGUAUUGAGAAGUGCUACUGAACUCUGUUAGUAUGAGUCGUCAGAGUCGACAAGAAAAUAUGUCACUAUUGGACGAUAUAAACACUACAGGGUGUAUCAGAAAAAACGGAGUCGUCCUAAAUAUCCUUAUUUCUAUCGUAAAAUAAACUACCAUAGUUUCGUUUUGGGCUCAAUUUAAAGCUUGUUUUUUCAUCUUUCCAAUGAAGGGCUUCUUGAAAAUUUUGAACGAAGGCUAAUCGCAAUAAAAAGAAUUUAGUACAAGCGCUCGCUUUUAGAUGCUUCGAAAUAUUAAUCUUCGAAGUCCCUUGGGGACUUAAUUAAAGGUAGUUUGCUAAAAUUUAGAACGUUGUUGUUUAAAACUUUACAAUCACCAUUCAUAAUGCCAAAGCGAACAAUUCCGGAAAGAACAUUCAUUGUUGAAAAGUAUUUCGAAACAAAAAGCGUUGUUGCAGUGUUAAGACAAUUUCAAAUAGCUUUUCCAGGACGUAAUCUUCAUCGAGCGUUUGGCGUAAUGUCAACAAAUACCGUCGACUGCAUAUGCAUUGAAUGGAAGAACCACCCCAUAAAAUUUAAAUCGAAAUAAAGGAAAUUCGAGAAGACUUGUUUUGGAUAUGAGACAAAGAACGAACUUGUGCAUGUAUAAACUUAGAAAUGGAGGCCACGUUGAGUAAAUGUGUACUUCCAACUUAUUUUUUGGAACGUUUAAAUAAAUUGUGAAUUCAACACAUCUACGUUUUAUAAAUUUCCAAUUGCACUUACUUAAAUUGACACAACUCGCCAGCAAUAACUCCAAAUUUUAUAAAAUAAAGUACAUAAAAUAGCCGAAAGAUCGCCAUUUCGAACGAAUGCAAGUAUAAAUGUCUAACUUUCAUAUUCGCUUUGAAAUUUACACUUUAUGUGAGGACUCCGUUUUUAUUGAUACACCCUGUAUAUUUAAGUCGAGGUUGGAAUAUAUUAACAGUCUUUUGAGAUUACAAGAAGACAUUCAAGGACUUAUUGAUGCAGGGCCUGGGAAUGUUGGCCAGGUUAUGUCGAAGAAAGAUGUUUAUGAUAAAACGUUGUGUGAAUUUGUAACUGUUCAUGAGGAAUAUUUAGAAAUUGUCACAGCUGAGGAUGAAAAAAGAAGAGCCAGUUUGACAUACAAAGAACAGAUGGCAAAAAAGGUACAAUUGGACGGAGUAGUAGCAUCUUGGUGUAAAAAGCCAAGGUUGUAUGGAUCUGGUAAAGGUCGAAGCCAGAUUAGUAGUUUAACAAGUGGAACAAGUUCAGCAUCAGCCUUGUCAAAGAAAAAGGAAAAGAUGGCUCUCGCACAGUUAAAAGUAAAUCAGUUAAUGCAACGACAUGAAAUGAAGAGGAGGAUGGAAGAGUUGAGAUAUCAAGAAGAACUAAUGGAAGCUCAAAUGGAAGAAGAACAAGCAAAGGUUAGCUUUAAUAUUUACAAUGAAUUAGCUAAUAAACAUAUUGGAGAGUAUGACAAUAAUAUGCCAGGUUUUAAUGGUAAUGAAGUACAAGGGGAAUCUGAUUUGAGCCCUCUGACCGAGACCAAUGCUUAUGAAUUGGAAAGUGAAUUUUAUACUCGCUAUCCCCCUGACCUUCCUUCAAUUCAUGAGUUGUCGAGAACAACACAACAUUUGGAGCAACAUGAAGUAUAUAGACCGAUAGUAUUGGAGGCCGAAAGU